ACAUGUACUAUUCAAGAAUUUGUAGGCUGAAUGAUAAAAUAAAUAAAUGAAUAAAAAAUAAAUAAAAGCGUCUUUGUUUUAAUUCCCUACCACAAUAAUGAAUAACAAUAAUAAUAGAGCUAUCUAUUCAUAUUCGCGACUCACUUGCGUGCAGUACCUACGUGUGAAAUCUUAACUCUCAUAUCAGCGAAAAUAUAAAAUGGCUGCUAGUUUGAAUGAAUUGAACAAAAUUGGGAAAUGUGAAACUAAACCGAAAUUAAAUCCCGAUGAGCUAAAGAUUGGUGAGAAAUACCCGAUUUGUGAUGUGAAAAAAGUUAAAGGAAAAUUUGGUGAUUGUGUCCUUGUGGAACUCGAAGAAGGUGUCAUAUUUUUACCAAAAAGGAUGGCAGAUAAUAUGUCCGAUGACUUGAUCGAAUCUAUCCAUGAGGACGUUCUUUGUUUGGCUUUGGUAUAUCAUGGCACCAAGGACACUGGAAAGAGCAACCCAGCGCAUCUCUACGAAAUCGUGCAGAUAUAAAACAGCUCGUAACAAUAUAAUUAUUAUCAAUUUAUAUUUAAUCAGCAUUAUUAGUGUUAGUACUUAGUGGUGUUUUUUUUUUUUCACAAUGGAAUCAGCUACAACAGAAGUAAUCGAGAAAAUGAUCGAUUCUGUUACCAAAAUGAUGCAACUGUGUAACAACAACGUCCAGAAAUUAGAAAAAGUGUUAAAAUUGAAUCGAAAAAAUCUACGAAUCGUGAAUGGUGUAUUGCGAAAUUCUGACUGUGUUGGGGAGAAAAGAAGAUUGGAAAAUUAUUUAGCACGUAUCAAAGGAUUAAAUUUACAUAUCGAAUCAAAAAUCGAGAAUGAAAAAAUUGGAUACGGUAAUAGUAAAAAGAGAAGAAACAGUAAGGUUCGCUGGAUAGAGGUAAAAUCAGCUUUCGUCGGUCGCGUGAGAACAGGAGCAGUUGUUAAUUUAGAUGAGAAUCUUGUUGAUAUUCGUCGAUUUUUUCACGACGCCAGCCCGUUAAUUUUUUCAAGAAUCACAAAUAUUCUCAAAAAGAUGACAGCGAUUAAACUAAAUUUCGAGAUGUCUUGUGAAUACAUAAUUCCAUCGACAGGAGAAGUGUCCCUGAAGUAUUUCAACACACCCAACACUAUGAUUUUAUUAUCGACCGACAUUCAGAAAUCUAUUGACGAUUUAGCUGGAAUUAUUCAAACCAAAAUGGAAGAAUUCGCAGAAUCUAAAUCUGGAUGGAGUCUACGGAAAAUAUGUCAGCUAAUGGUUGCGUUCAACAAGUACACUCCAAUAAACGGCCGAAUCUACAUACCGUUGCCAACAGAAUUGAAAAAGAAAGGAGGCAUUAUUAAUAUAAUGAAUACUGAUCGUCUUUGUUUUGUAUGGUCGGUACUUGCAAGUCUUUAUCCCUGUAAAGAUAGUAAUUAUGAACGUACUGAUGCCUAUCCGCAGAACUAUCACGAUAUAUUAAAUUUACGUGGUGUACAAAUGCCUGUUCAGUUAUCAAGUAUUCCUAAAUUUGAAGCUCAAAAUUCUAACAUAUCAAUUAACGUGUUCACGGUCAAUGACAAAACGCAUGAAAUUGAAGGCCCUAUAUAUCAUACAAAAAAUGUAAAAAACCAUCACAUAAAUUUAUUAUAUUUAAAAAAGACUCGAUCCAAACAUGGCCAUUAUUGUCUUAUUAGCGACUUAAGUAAAGUUUGUGGAAGAAAUAUUUCGGCUCAUAAAGCGAAAAUGUUCAUUUGCGAUAGAUGUUUAAAUCAUUUCUCCCUUAAAUCACAUUACGAGUCGCAUCAGCAGGAUUGUAAAUUAUUUUCUCCAGUUAAGAUUACUUUACCUGAUGAAUCUAGUGCUCAUUUAGAAUUUUCAAAUUACAAAGCGCUUCUUAAAAAAGGUUUUGUUAUUUAUGCAGAUUUUGAAUGUUUGUUAAUUAAAGGUAAUGAUCAUCCGAUGAAAUAUCGACAUAUACCUUACAGUGUAGCGUUCACGAGUGUCUGUUCUUUUGACAAUAGUUUAAAUACAUUCUUUAGUUAUAUUGCCAGUUCACCAAAUGAUCAAACACCGGCUUCUUGGUUCAUUGCAAAACUUCAGAAAGAAAUUAACAAAAUGACGCAAAUUCUACGCACGCGAGAUUUGCCAAUGUUGCCCCUUUCGGACGAGGAAAAAUUAAAUUAUAAUUCGUCAAUGGAAUGUCCUAUCUGCGGUCGCGUUUAUUGCGAAACCAAUCCAAAAGUCCACCAUCAUGAUCAUCUUACAGGGAAAUAUAUAGCACCGUAUUGUCAAAAUUGUAAUUUACAAUGCAAAAAAGAUUAUAGUAUACCCGUUUUUUUACAUAAUCUUAGUGGGUAUGACGCUCAUCUUUUUAUUGAGGAAUUGGCUCGUAGUAAUUAUGUCAAUUUGGUACCAUUAAAUAUGGAAAAAUAUAUUGGAUUUUCGACUUAUUUCAAUCAAACUCGAGUUACAUUUUUAGAUUCAUACAGGUUUUUAUCUUCGUCCUUAGAUUCUCUUGUUAAAAAUCUAACUCCCGAUCAACUUUUAAUUACAAAGUCAUAUUUUUCUGAUGUAAAAAGUUUUCCAUUGUUAACACGAAAACAAGUGUUUUGUUACGAGUACUUAGAUUGUUGGGAUAAAUUAUCGAAAACGAAACUGCCUGAAAAACAUUAUUUUUAUAGUAGUCUGCACGAUGAACACAUAUCAGACGAAGAUUAUGCUCACGCUAAACUAAUAUGGGAUGAAUUUUCUAUUAAAAAUUUAAGUGAUUACGCCCUGUUUUAUUUGAAACUCGACGUAUUGCUUUUAGCUGACUGCUUUGAAAAUUUUAGAAAUCUGACUAUGAAGUAUUAUGGACUCGAUGCUGCCGGUUUUUUUACAGCACCUGGCUUAUCAUGGGCUGCUGCUUUGAAAAUGACACAAAUUAAACUCAGAUUAUUCACAGAUAUCGAUAUGACCCUUUUCAUUGAAAAAGCUUUAAGAGGUGGUAUAUCACAAUCUAUAUGUCGAUAUUCAAAAGCCAAUAAUAAGUAUUGUUCGUCAUAUGAUCCAAAUUUGGAUACUAAAUAUCUAAUUUAUUGGGACGUAUGUAAUCUUUACGGAUGGGCACAGUGCCAGAGUUUACCAUACGAUCAUUUUAGGUGGUUAGAUAAUUUCGAAAUUGAAAGUCUAGAUAUAAAUACAUGCUAUGCAAACACUGCUGAUAAAUGUUGUAUUUUAGAAGUUGAUUUGGAAUAUUCGCAGUCUCUUCAUGAUUUACAUGAACAAUUACCAUUUUGUUGUGAACAUCAGAUGCCUCCUAAUUCGCAAAAUAAUUCAGAGAAAUUAUUAUGCACUUUAUGCGACAAAACUAAAUACGUAAUUCAUCUUGAGAACUUAAGACAAACAGUGCAUUUCGGUCUGAAAGUGAUAAAAAUACAUCGUGUUUUAGAAUUCUCACAAAAACCUUGGUUAAAGCCAUAUAUAAUGUUCAAUACUGAUUUACGAAUGCAAGCCAAAUCUGCUUUUGAAAAAGACUUUUUUAAAUUGAUGAUAAAUGCCAAUUAUGGCAAAACACUGGAAAACGAUCGAAAGAAACGUAAAAUAAAACUAGCAAACAAUUGGUUUACCCCUAGAAAAUAUAUCUCUUUGCCAGAAUUUAAGUGUUCGCAAAUUAUAAACGAAGAUUUGGUUGUUGUUGAAUUGAAUAAAACAACUAUAAAUUUCGAGAAGCCGAUUUACGUAGGAUUUACAAUUUUAGAAUUAUCAAAAACGUUAAUGUACGAUUUUCAUUAUAAUUUUGUCAAAAAAGACCUAUCAAAUUGGUUCGCUUCCAAAUUAUUAUAUAUGGAUACCGACAGUUUCAUUUACGAAUUUACAACUUUACGUAAAGAAGAUACAACCGAUAUUUAUCAUAUAAUUCGAGAUUACGCAUCUUUGUUAUUUGACACUUCAGAUUUGCCUGUCGAUAAUCAGUGGGGUAUUCCACAAGUGAAUAAAAAGGAAAAGGCCGACUCGGCGGCCCCUCCUCCACUCGAGGGUCCCUGCGAUAGUCGAGAUGCCGAGGUGACGGUUAGCACGAGAUCGGACGACGUUCGAUUCCCGCAUAAAGACGAGGAAAAAAAACUUUUUUUCAUAAAUUUAAAAAUUGAGCGCCGCGCGAUACAGCGGUGGCGCCAUCUUCCAUCCUGCGCGCGCACCACACACACCUCUCCAUUACAACAAUAA